AUGCAGCGAAAUGGUUCAUGCACUGUUCCACCCACUACCCAGUCACAAAAGGUUCAUCCUGAACUAGAUUCAUCUCAAAUCUACGACGAUAAUCAAGCCUCCUACGACUUGAUUAGCUCUACGAACAAACAAAGAAAAUGCUGGCCUGUGCCAGCCACUCUCAAAAAUUGGGGCUUGGAAACUGCCGGGGUAAUCGUAUCAGCUGUCAUUAUUAUUGCCAUUGUUGCUAUCCUUCGGAAAUACAAUAGGUGCCAACAACAGGAUUGGAAACACGUCUCACUCAAUUCUCUAAUUUCUUGGUUAAGUACCCUUGCCAAAGCUUGCGUGAUUUUCUCUGUCAGCCAAGGACUUGGUCAGUUGAAAUGGGUCUGGUUUUCGAAACGUAGUCGAUUAUUGUCUGAUCUAGAUGUUUUCGACUCGGCAAGCAGAGGGGCCACCGGAAGUGUGUUCCUUUUAUGGCUUGUGAAGGGGCGACAUACAGCCUUGCUUGGAAGCCUAGCUAUGGUUCUAGCAAUAGGUUUUGACCCAUUCAUCCAAAAUCUAGUGCAUUAUGUCCCAGGUAGCAUUGAAAGCCCUUCUGAGUCAGCUUUGCUCGCGAGUACAUCAUUAUAUAACACAGUUGGGCCAUUGGCAGGAGGCAACCUGUUUUACGUGGAUCCCAUUAUGAAGGCAAACGUGUAUAGCGCCUUGUUCAACACAAACCCAGCGCAGCCAUGGGCAGUUCCACAAUAUACAUGCUCUACGGGAAACUGCACUUGGGAACCAAUGGCAACUUUGGAAAUCCGUGCCCUUUGCUCCAACAUCACUUCGAGUCUGGGCACGUCAUGCACCAAUAAAUCAGGGUUCACCAACUGCACUGUAUCACUGGAUAGCGGCGUCGCAUUGCGGUAUUUGACCAGCGGUGGCUCUGCUCAGCCUAUGGUCAUCAAUACCGUCUCCGGAAGCUCUAAGACCUUCUAUAAGAACAGCACUUUCCCAGUUAUACAGUACAUUUUGGCAAUAGGGUCAAAUGACAACCCGCGCGCGGGUGGUGGAAUCUCUACCCAGAUUGGGAACAAUACUCAGUUUGUUGCCACAGAGUGUGCCCUUCAACCAACAGUUAAAAGCUUUCAAUCUUCCGUUAUUAUGGGAGCUUACCAAGAAACACAGCUUGCAGAGUGGCCGGUGUUAAAUAACACAGUUGAGAAUCUUAGCUUUGCAUACUCUUUCACACCUCCCUGGAAUGAGAGCCUGGGGGCACAAGAAAGUAAAUCUUUUGGCCUAGCCUUUGAGGCAUGGGACUCACUCAGUGUUUUCCUAGAAUCCCUUUUCGCCGGCUAUGUAUCCGCAAGCUCGGAUGUUUUCAAUUUUGAGCCAUCAAACUUCGGGGGCUCAUAUGCUACGACUGAUGCCUUGGAAGCCCUCUUCUAUGGCAAUUUUACUGGCACUAACUGCCAAGAUGCUGAUCAAUUAUCUUGUGCUAUGAAGAAUGUUGCUGCUGCUAUGUCCAAAACUAUAAGGGACUCCGCAUUUACUUACAGCACCAACUAUCAACCAUUUGAGUUUACGAAAGCAAACACUACUACUGGAAAAGCUCUGGUUAUUGUCUCAUUUGUGGAUGUUCACUGGGAAUGGCUCACUCUUCCAAUUACUGUCUGGAUUCUGGGAGCGCUGUCCUGUCUUUUUACCGCAUGGAUGACCCAUCAGACUCAUAUACAGACCUGGAUGAAUAGCGUUCUGCCUUUGCUCUUUCUUCAGCCCCGUCGCGACAAUAUGAUCAAUUUUCAGGGUGGCGGUGAUGAGAUUACAGAAGUCAAGCCGAAGAGAGAACAAGACAGAAGCGAUAUUGAUGUCUCGAAGUGUUAUAGUCUGGUUGGCUGUGACUAUUCUCUACAAGAAUGUGUUUGUAUAGCAGAAAAGACCCAGGCAAAGCUCCAUCUCGGACUAUAG